UACCACUUCCACUAGUACAGCUACCACCAGCACGUUGUCAACUACCACGAGCAUACCGCCAACUACCAUUAGCAUCCCGUCGACUACCACUAGUAUGCCCUCGACCACUAGCACGCCGUCGACUAUCACUAUCACGCCGUCAACUACCACUAGCACGCC